CACUCGGGGGCGGGGCCUCGCGGUGUCGCCACUCGGGGGCGGGGCCUCGCGGCGCGGCGCGGCGAUGGCGGCCGAGGGGACCCCGGUGGCGGCGGCGGCGCCGCUCCCCGCCUGGCCGCGGCCCGUCCCGCUCCCGCCGCUGCUGCUGCUGCUGGCGGCCGCCGCCGCCGCCGCGCUCGGCUACUACUGGGCGCGGGUGCCGCAGCGGCCCCUGCUCGCCGGCGGCCCGCGGCUCCGCGCCUUCCUGCGGCGGCGCUGCCCGGUGGUGGCCGAGCCCUUCCGCCCCACGCCCUGGUGCUUCGAGGGCCGCCUCCAGACGCUGCUGCGCGCCCUGCUCCAGUCCCGCCCGCCCGCCGCCUACCGCAGCGAGCGGAUCCGCACCCCCGACGGCGGCCAGCUGCUGCUCGACUGGACCGACGGCGCGGGCAGCCGCCGGCACCCCGACCCCCGCGCCCGCCCCACCGUCCUGCUGCUCCCGGGCCUCGUCAGCGACAGCCGGGCGUCCUACGUGCUCCACCUCGUGCAGCAGGCCCGGCGGGCCGGGUACAGGUCGGUGGUGCUCAACCACCGGGGCUGCAAGGACGAGGAGCUGCUGACCCCCAGGACCUUCUGUGCCAGCAACACGGAGGACCUGGAGACGGCCAUCCGGCACAUCCGGGCCCGGCACCCGCAGGCCCCGCUCCUGGCCGUCGGCGUCUCCCUGGGCGGGAUCCUGGUGCUGAACUACCUGGCGCGGACGGGGCGGGCGGCCGGGCUGGUGGCCGCCAUGGCCAUCUCCGCCAGCUGGGACACCCUGGAGACCGCGGCGUCGCUGGAGACGCCCCUCAACGCCCUGCUCUUCAACCGGCACCUCGCGGCCGGCCUGCGCCAGCUCGCCCGCAGGCACCGGGCCGCGAUAGCCGACAGGGCCGACGUGGACUACGUCCUGCAGGCACGCACCAUCCGCGAGUUCGACGAGCGCUACACGGCCCCGGCCUUCGGCUACGGCAGCUGCCGCCAGUACUACGAGGCGGCCAGCCCCUCGCGCAAGCUCCGCGGCAUCCGCGUGCCCGUGCUCUGCCUCAACGCCGCCGACGACCCCUUCUGCCCCCGGCGCGGUGAGUGGGGCUGCGGGGCGCCGGGCCCCAUCGCGCGAUCCCCGUGGAGGCCGUGCGGCACCUGCCCCACGUGGCCCUGCUGGUGACGGCGCGCGGGGGACACAUCGGCUUCCUCGAGGGCCUCUUCCCCCGCCACGAGACCUACGCGGAUCGCGUCUUCGCCCAGUUCGUCACCGCCGUCUUCGAGCACGGCGAGGAGCUGAGCCAGCUGGACGAGGGCCCCGGCGGCGCCGCGGAGGAGGCCGCUGAGCCGGCUGCUCCCUGACCCCCCAAUAAAGCCGCUCCGGCUGCGCCUCCCCGAGCUGGGGGGAGCAAGGCGGGAGCAGGAGGACGACGAGA